GAAAAAACGACAAAAUUGUUUGUAAUCUUUUCUUUCUACGACCAUUGUUGACAUUUAAUGUCAUAUUGUUUUCAUCUGUCAUUGAUAAAUGAUACACGCGUAACUUAAUCGUCUCACCUGCUCAUCCGCGUUUUGUAAUUCGAUCCUGCUGUAUGUGUGUGUACAUAUACAUAUGCGAGGCACGCUUUCUCUGUUUUUUGCUUCCGGAAAUAUCGUGAUCGAGCUAGCUGAGAAGAGAACCAUUUCCGCUCCCGUAUACAUAUAUCACAACGGAGCAAUCGCAUCGGAGUUUGUGAAAACGAUUGAAUUGCGUGCAGCGUACGUGUGUACAAGAGCGCGUACGCACGCGUGCGCGCCGCGGCGUGUCUCCCGCGUACGUACACGGUCUCUCUAUCUCGACCCAUUCGAUUUCAGUCGAAAGCGAAAACUCGCUUGGCGUUCACCGUUUCACCCGUUGCUCGCACGCCGCUUGCUCGCGGGAUUCGCGUCCCGUUUUCCGGCGUGCGUUUCGAGUAUCAACCGCACGGUUGUCACCCUGCGAGAGGUCCAAGGAAGAAAAAAAUCUUAUCCAGUUCGCGAAAGCGCCGAUCGCGUCGAGUCGCACGUUCGCUAUUAUUGUAUUAAUGCUGGACGACAGCGACGCGGCGUCACAUGUCGUAUGACUGCUGCGGCGACGGCCGCACCGUUGGCGAUACGUUCGGCGUCGCCCUGCGCAGCGUGCUCCGCUUCGUUCACGAGGGCCUGCACGAUCUUCUUUCCGAGCAUCAAUUGUGGCCGUUUCUUGCCGUCAUCGCUGUCAUCGUCGUCCUGACAACGCUACUAGCCAACCGGUCUGUUCGUCACGGAACGUUAAUAUCUCGCUCCGAAAUGUCACUGUAGACUCGCACAAAUCCUCCGCCAGCGAUGAUUAUCGCACAACGCCCCGUAAAUGCACCCGAUUGAUUGUUUAUCGACAGACAGAAUGAACAAGGCUUGAGAAACGGUGGGAGCCGUCGAGACUUUAUUAUCACUCACGCGACUUAUCAGAGAGACGAUACGCAAGUGCAUCGAUACGAGAGAACAUUUUUGGAGAACACGAUAAUGCGGCACGUUCAAGGACUUUUUCGUCGCAUCAGCUGGAGACGGACGCUCUACUACAAAGUCACGAAUGCGUAUCGCGACGGGGUGUGUUCGGCGAUACACACACACGUAGCUUGCGAUUUUCGCAGCGCGACCAAUUCUUCUCUUCCUCUUCACAAAUAAACGUCUAUGAAAGCCGUGAAACUUGCGUAUAAUUUAUAUAUAUAUAUGUAUAUGUCGACCUAAUACACAUAUGUCAUUGCUUGCUGACCUCAAACUUUUACUGACGUUUUUCGCACGUCGCACGUGCGAAACUCACGUGUAAUCUAAUAACGAAGAUUCCUUCCCCUGUUACUAUCUCUGCCCACUAUUUGCGCCUAAUCUCUUGCCUAGAUAUCGUUCGUCAGGGAGCGGAGUUUUUUCUGAAGCAACUCGAGGCCUAAGCUGUUCACUAUUUGAUUUUUUCAAUUUAUCCGAGAAUUUCAAUGUCUAUUUAUAACGCUCGCCGAGAAACGUCUCUCGAUUUUCUAGCAUGAACGUUCCCGCAUCGUAAAACGCUUUAAUCCUGCCGCAAGUGUCGUGCGCGCGAGCUCGGCGCGUUGCCUGGAAACACGCGAUAUAAGCAAUGCAUCUUUUCGUUCGGCUAACAUUGCAAACACAUCGGUUAUAACAACGAUUCGAACGACUACGCCAUCAGCGACGUGUCCCGCCCGCGGUCUGAAGAGCGGGACGGAAGGGGGAAAAUGGCGGAUUCGCAUGUGGUGAACUCGAGUCGAUUCGAUUGAUGCGCGCGCAACAAUCGCGCGAAGUCACGUGACCCGCGACUUCGAUUCGAACUUCAGAAUGAACGCGCGCCCGGCCAUGACUCGCUGUCGAAUAUAAGGUGCUGCGAUUUUUUCACGAUCUUCGUCAAUUCCAUUGUCGGCAACAACGUCGCAAACAGAUCGGGGACACGCGUGAAGAAUCAAGGAAAUGCAACGGUCACUGGUGAUUGCAUCACGACGAUCCGCUCCCUGUUGUCUGCCGAUUCGCAUCGAGGCGGCUCGUCCCAUCCUGUUUCCCUACAACGACGGGCGGCGAUGUGACGGGAUCGACUCUUUUCUCCUCGCAAUUUGUCACCGCGACAUUACUUCUCUUUUUCUCGGAAGAGCCGAGAAAGCGACCAGCGCAUCGUGGACACGGAGAAGCGAGCGGGAAUAAUGGCGGGUGAGAACAUGCAGAUCCUGUCGAACGGCAAUGUGGAGGUGCUUGCGAUCAUUCCUCCGAAUAUGGCGAACGGAAACGGUCUGACCUGCCAGCAGCAGCACAACAACAACGGCUUGAUACCGAACGGAAAGCUGCACACCGGAAUCGGCGGCACGGAGAACGGCAAACUGAUUGUGCCGGAUGAGAGGUCGAACAGCAUCCACACGGAGUUCGACGACGCGGACGUGUCCUGCGGAUGGGGCCCGUGCAGACCGCUCUGGUUACAAUACUUCGCUACGAAGCAAGCCUUUCUGGUGACCUUCUGCCUUACCUGGGUGCUACAGGGUAUGUACUACACGUAUUUCGUCUCCGUCAUCACGACAAUAGAGAAGCUCUUCCAAAUCCAAUCGAAGACGACGGGUAUCAUUAUGUCGGCCACGGAGAUCGGCCAGAUCGGAUCCUCGUUAUUAUUGACGUACUACGGCGGCCAAGGCCACCGGCCCAAGUGGAUAGCCUGGGGCAUGAUCCUCUUUGCUGUGAGCUCGUUCACCUGCUCGAUACCCCACUUCAUCUUCGGUGAUCAGCUGAUCGUUCAGAACGAGAUGUUGUUUAGCGGCAUCGAGCCCGGCAGUGGACCCAACAAUACAGACCCGAUACCGGCAAAUCUCUGCAGAUUCCAAGAAAGGAACAGCACGCUGGACGGCUGGAACGUGUCGACAAGCGCGCCGCAGACCGAUUCGGCGGAGUACUGCGAGGGUGAUUUUCUUACGGAGCAAAGAAUACAGAGCAAAAUAACCACGGUGGUGCUUGCGAUAUUUUUCGUAUCGUUGCUCGGCGUAGGAAUGGGCCAAACGGCGGUGUACACGCUAGGCAUACCGUACAUCGACGACAACGUGGCCAGCAGAGAGAGUCCUUUGUACUUUGCGAUCACCAUUGGGGUGCGAAUUCUUGGUCCGGCAUUAGGUUUCAUUCUGGGUUCUUUGUGCACGAUGGUUUAUGCGGAUUUGUCGAGGAAUCCGCAGAUCACGCCGACGGACCCCCGGUGGGUUGGUGCAUGGUGGCUAGGAUUAGUGCUGAUCUCGGCGAUGCUAAUGCUGGUCAGUAUUGGGAUGUUCGCGUUUCCGACGCGAUUGCCGAAGAGCAGAACUCCCCCUCGACGAGCCGACGCGAAGAAGCCUAGUCUCCGAGAUUUUCCGAACGCAGUGAAGAGACUUCUGAAAAACGAUAUAUUGAUGUUCAGAACGGCAAGUAGCGUGCUGCACAUCCUGCCGAUCGCCGGCCUUUACACCUUUCUGCCAAAGUACCUCGAAAGCCAAUUUCGCCUGCCUGCUCAUCAUGCGAACAUGAUCUCAGGUGUUGGCGGUAUUCUAGUGAUGGGAUUGGGUAUAAUAAUUAGCGGAGUAUUUAUCUUGAGGGCGAAGCCUAACGCCAGGUUCGUCGCAGCCUGGAUCGCCUUUACCGCGGUCGUUUACGCUAUCGGCAUGGGUGUUCUGAUGUUUAUCGGCUGUCCGAUGGAUGAUUUUACUGGACUCGUGUCGCAUCCCGACGGGCGUUCUAGCUUCGAGCCGAUCUGCGAAGCUACCUGCGACUGCGAUCGGAACAAAUUCAGUCCAAUCUGCGGCGCCGACGGCAGAACGUAUUUCUCCGCGUGUCACGCGGGGUGCUCGAAUUAUACGGUUGCUGACGGCAAAGUAGCAUCGUUUUACAACUGUCAGUGCAUCGGACAGAACGUAACGAUACCGGAAGCGACGAGCAUGGCGACGAUCGGUUACUGCGACCUGGAAUGCAGUAACUUUUGGGUUUAUAUGAUCCUGUUCUCGGUCUUCGUUUUUAUCCACUCGACGAGCGAGGUGGGCUCCAUGUUGCUCAUCUUGCGAUGCGUGGAUCCCAGGGACAAGGCCAUGGCGCUCGGCCUGAUACAGUUCGCCAUCGGCUUGUUUGGCAAUGUUCCAUGUCCUAUCGUUUAUGGCGCUGUGGUGGAUUCCGCUUGUCUAGUAUGGGAAUACGCUUGUGGCGAGCGAGGCGCCUGCUGGCUUUACGAUUCGAAUGUCUUUCGCAUGUUCUAUCACGGUACGACGGGCGGUAUCCUCAUGCUGGCCUUCAUGGUGGAUAUAGUUGUUUGGUACAAGGCCGGGAGCAUAAACUUCGUGGAGGAGCAGGAGGGCGAGGCAGGAACCGCGGAGGAAAUGGCAACGUUACAAUCGCAGGACGCUCAGGCGGUCGAGAACGACUAUUUGUGAAGGUUUCGCAUUACUCUCUUGCGGUGAACGGGUCAUGGCUGAGUGCAGCAAUGGCGGCGGGCGACGGCGGCGGCGAUGUCGUAUAGUCGUCAUCGUCGUCAUCGAAGGACACGUUAGGCCCCGCGGUGCAUGUAGCAGUGUCGUAUAAGAUUAUAUACGCAGAGACGUUAUUCUUCUCACGAAAGGCGGCCUGUGCAGAGGCCUAUACCGUCUGUCUCGUCGCUUUUCCGGCGAAGAAUCGAUUUAUCAGCGGUUUCUCGCGCAUUUCAAAAAAGAUCCUUCUCUAAAGAGAAUGUUCUGUUCAGAUCGACAAAAGUAGUCUAGUCUUUCUCGUCGACGACGACAGGCGACGACUCCUCGCGAUUUUACGUAAAAGCGAUAUUUUAACGAUUUACGCGCGCAAAUGAACAGACGAAACGUACGAGAAGAAAAAUAAGCAAUUGCGAAAUGUGUAUGAAUAAUGGAAAGACUGACUAAGGUAUAUAGAAAAACGAAAGAUUUUGAUUCGCGAUUUCACUCGCGAUUGACGAUGAACGAACGAAAGAGAUGAGGAAGCGUAAAGAGAAGCGGUAUCAAUUUCGAAAGUCUGACGCGUGUCGGACGGAUGAUGCGGAAGAUCAUGGGAUUUGAAAAAGAGUCGCUGGUUCUUCAUUUCUCGCUGAGCACAAAAGGGAAGAUUGGGAAGCUAUUUACGCAACAAACAGAGGAUAUAGUGUCGACUUAUUACGUCGAGAAGCAUUUCUACUUACAAUCAGGAGAGGCGUCUUGCUUGAUCAGCCCAACGGUAGAACACUCGGAAGAAUCGAGGUGGAAGAAGGACGAGACGAGAGUAAGAUGACACGGGACGAGAGAAAGAGUGUGUAUGUGUAUCUCGUCUGUGCGUCGCAAUUAUGUGAUACAUGUCACUCGAAUUUACGGAAAAAAAUAUUACGUAUAGUGAAGUUUCUCUCUCAGGGAAACUGUGUCGGUAAAUACACACGCAAUAAAUUAAAUAACUUUCGUGCCUACGAAACGACGGUGCUUGCGGCGAGCACGCGCGGUUCGGCUCGGCGCGUUCAAAGAAUUGAAUUGAGAAUCAAACCGUAUUUACAAGAGCGGCGGCGGCGGCGGUGACGACGAAUGCGGGUUCGCAUGCGAAGACACUGAGAGAUUGCACAUUGUGUUAAUCGCACCGGCGUUGAUUAGUAUACGACGGCCUUCUCUCGCCGUCACACUGUGUGCGCGCGCGUUAUCUAAUUCUCGAAUCUAACGGUAACACGUUUGUUUCAUUUAACGCAAAAGGAAACGGAGGACGCUGACGCGAUAAUUCUACCUUGCUUGAACAAAAUUUUUAUCGAAAAAUUUAACAAAGUCAACAAUUAUAUGUAUGUAAAAUAGAAGUAAAAAGACAUUUUUAAAAUUAUAAAUAAAAAAAUCGUACGUGUACAUAAAGUUUUAACAAUCUGGGGAAAAAGUUCUUCUCCUACGGACAAAUUCUCUAUCUAAUUAUGUAUUAUUACAUACAAUCAUAUAUGAAAUCGUUCCGAUCUCAUAUAUAAUUAUAUAUAUAAUUUGAAUAAUGAAUAACGGGCUCUCGAACCAAUUGCAGGAUGUUAUGCAUUAAUUACAAAUCUCUUACAAGUAAGAGUUAAAUCCAAACGUUUCAACUUUAUUAUUAAGUCAUCAUCAGUGGAUAUCAAAUCUUACAAAACUAUAUACAACAUUUCUUUGUUACACAUUAUUGUAGUCUACUAUCACCUGUAGUCGAGACUGACAUGUGACACACGAACACACACAUACAAGUGAUAGUAGACUACAAUAAUGUGUAACAAAGAAAUGUUGUAUAUAGUUUUGUAAGAUUUGAUAUCCA